AUGGCAAAUGCGAUUAUUCCAGCUGCGGCAUCAACUGUUCUGCCAUUGGUUGUAACUAUACCAAUAGCGAAUCAAGAUAUGGUAAAACAAGCGUUCAAUUUACUGGCAAAUCGUCGUGUAAAGCAGAGUGAAGAACAUUUCGUUAUUUCUACUGAAACAAUUGAUCAUGCCGAUAUGAAAGAAUACUGCGAAUUACUUCGUGAACAAUAUAAGAAUGCGGAUAAAGAAGUACAUGAUUAUCUUUCACGAUUACAUUUAAACAAGGAGGGUACACAAGUAGCAAAAGCGAUUAUCGUUGGUACCAAAAACGAAUUUUCGAUUUCACUUAUCGCAGUAAGUCGACAAAAUCUCAAUGGUAAUGAUGAGCAUAAGAUUCUAAUGGCUUCCAUGAAAAAAAAAGUGCAUAUGUCAGCAGCGUGGAAUCUGUUUGCAACAUUGUUUGGUAUUCCAACUAAUGAACAAAAGGAAUUAGAGAAUAUCGUUUGCAAGCUAAACAGUGAAGAUAGUAAGAAAUGUCUUGAAGCGAUGGUUUUACAAGCAUUGGGAGAAAAAAUUCAGCAAUUCAUGGGUAGUAAUGUGGAAGUUCGAUUUAUCGAAAAUUAG